AUGGAAUACCCAUUUAAACAAACCAAAGAAUUCACUGUACAGAGGAAUCUCCCGACUUUCUCAGGAGGGGACUUCACAGUCACAGACGCCAACGGAAACGUCGUCUUCAAAUCCUCGGGAAAAGUGCUGAGCCUCCAUCGCCGCCGCCUUCUGCAAGGAGCCGCCGGAAAUCCCCUCCUCACCAUGGAAAAAAAGAUAUUGACGAUGCACAAACGAUGGAGAGUAUUUGAUGGGGAUAGCAUCAAUGGGCAAAAUUUUGCCUUCAGUGUGAAGAGAUCAUCGGUGUUUCAGCUAAAGACCUCUCUUGAUGUGUUCAUGUCUGAUAAUAAGGACGAAAAACUCUGUGAUUUCCAUGUCAAGAGCAGCUACUUCAACCGAUCCUGCAAAAUUUAUCAAGGCGACCGGGUCAUUGCAGAGGUAAAUAGUAUAAAUUGCUGCUAA